UUUAUUUUAAUUUCCUCAAUUCCCAAGCCCCCAAAACCAAUAUUUACAUAUUUAUAUAUUUAAAACAUUUGAAUAAUUUAAAUUAAAUAUGGCUAUAGCCUUCUCUGGUCAUCACUUGGCUUUUGUCUUUGGGUUACUUGGGAAUAUCGUCUCUUUCAUGGUGUACUUGGCUCCAAUACCGACAUUUUACCAAAUCUACAAGAAGAAGACGAGCGAGGGGUUUCAAGCCGUGCCCUAUGUGGUUGCUAUGUUUAGCGCCGUGCUUUGGAUAUACUAUGCGAUCCUCAAAACUAACACCACUCUUCUCAUCACCAUAAACUCCGCGGGAUGCCUCAUCGAGACAAUUUACAUCGUAUUCUUCAUUGUCUACGCGACCAAGAAGGCUAGGGUUCAGACAGUGAAACUUAUUGCACUACUCGUGGUUUGCGGGAUGGGGUUCGUAGGACUUACUCAAUCCGUCGUGCAUGUUUCAUAUCGCGUCAAAGUUGUCGGGUGGAUUUGCUUGAUUUUCUCCUUGUGUGUUUUCAUUGCUCCCUUAUGCAUUGUGAAACACGUUAUAAAGACCAAGAGCGUCGAACACAUGCCUUUUCUAUUGUCAUUGUUCCUUUCACUAAGCGCAGUUAUGUGGUUUUUCUAUGGAUUAUUGCUCAAAGAUUUUAACAUCGCGAUUCCAAAUGUAUUAGGGUUCACCUUUGGCGUGCUUCAAAUGAUCCUCUAUAAAAUGUACAAAAACACUACCAAUAUCGACGAACAAAAGCUUCCGGUGGAUCAAUUGCCAAAGCAAAUCAUUUUCUUAGAGGAUCGUGAAAAAAUCCCCGAAUUCACCGAGCAAAUCAUAGACAUUGUCAAAUUAAGCUCGGUUGUGCCUUCGCCGGAGAAAAUUGCAAUGAAGAACAAUGGUCUCGAAGCAACCCUACACCAGAAUUUUCCGAUCGAAGCUAAAGCUUAACUUCAAGGGCAUUUUUUUUUUCUGUUUGGAAUAAAUGGAGGGAUGUAACCUAAUUAUUGUAGUAUGAUAAUUUUAUUUUUAAGAAAAUAUUAAUCCUCAUGAAAGCCCUAGUUUUAGUAUUAUUUUUUUCUUACUAUAAUUGUCUAAUUUAGGGUGGUGAGCUAUGUAUGUAUUUUAAUUUUUAUUUUUCAAUAAAAUAAAGUGGAUGGUUUUUGCCCUA